ACCCCCAGAAAGAUCCCUGCUGAAUCCUCACACCGCCUGUCAGCAUGGGGAGCGGUUGUUUUUCCCGGGACGUUUGUUUGUUUAUCCUCCUCAUAAAUACUUGCAGGGUGAUGGGGAAUGUCGGACUGGCAGACGCAGACGAGUGUGUAGAAGGUUCCGACGACUGCCACAUCGACGCCCUGUGCCAGAACACGCCCAAGUCCUACAACUGCAUCUGCAAGCUGGGCUACAAGGGAGAUGGCAAGCAGUGUGAAGACAUGGACGAGUGUGAGAACGACUACAACGGCGGCUGUGUCCAUGAAUGCAUCAACAUACCCGGCAACUACAGGUGCACCUGCUUCGACGGGUUCAUGCUGGCCCACGACGGACACAACUGUCAGGAUGUGGACGAGUGCGUGGACAACAAUGGUGGGUGCCAGCAGGUGUGCGUCAACACCAUGGGGAGCUACGAGUGUCAGUGCACGGAGGGCUUCUUCCUCAGCGACAACCAGCACACCUGCAUUCACCGCACUGAUGACGGGAUGAACUGCAUGAACAAGGACCACGGCUGUGCCCACAUCUGCAGGGAGGCACCAGGCAAAGGCGGGGUGUCGUGCGAGUGCCGUCCUGGGUUUGAGCUGGCCAAGAACCAGAAACACUGCAUAUUGACGUGUAACUACGGGAACGGCGGCUGCCAGCACACGUGUGACGACACGGACACGGGUCCUGUGUGUGGCUGCCAUCAGAAGUACGCCCUGCACUCGGACAGCAAGACCUGCGUCGAGAAAGAUGAGGCUGCAAUUGAGAGCUCUGAGUUCAAUUCCACGUCAGUAGCUGAUGUGGACAAGCGGGUGAAACGGCGGCUACUUAUGGAGACGUGCGCCGUGAACAACGGCGGCUGCGACCGGACUUGUAAGGACACGGCCACCGGGGUGCGCUGCAGCUGCCCCGUUGGCUUCACCCUGCAGCCCGACGGCAAGACCUGCAAAGACAUCGACGAAUGCCAGGAGAACAACGGCGGCUGCGAUCACUUCUGCAGGAACACGGUGGGCUCCUUCGAUUGCAGCUGCCAGAAAGGCCACAAGCUGCUCACCGACGAGCGCACAUGCCAAGACAUCGAUGAAUGCUCCUUCGAGAGGACCUGUGACCACACCUGCAUCAACUACCCCGGCAGCUUUGAGUGCGUGUGCCAGAAGGGCUACAUCCUGUACGGCCUGACGCACUGUGGAGACAUCGAUGAGUGCAGCAUCAGCAACGGCAGCUGUGAGCACGGCUGCAUCAACACGCAGGGCAGCUACGAGUGUGUGUGUCCGCCUGCACAGAAGCUCCACUGGAACAAGAAGGACUGCACCGAGGCGGUGAGGUGUCUGCCCAAUGGGAAGCCGGCUCCCCGAGCCCAGCUGACAUGCACCAAGAGCGGGGGGGCGGAGGUCUGCUCGCUCUCUUGCCCCUCCAACGCCCUCUUCCUUGCAGACUCAGAGAACAGCUACACACUGAGCUGCGGAGUGCCCGUCCAGCCUGGGAAAGCUCCUCAGAAGAGGAACGUCACCGUGGCCUUACACACCUGUGGCGACACGCUGGCCCCGCCCAUCAAACAGAAGGCCAGGUUCAAGAUCAAAGACGCCAAGUGUCACCUGCGGCCGCGCAACAAGGAGAAACACAGAGAUUCCUCCAGGCAGAGCCUGCAGGGAGGCCAGUUCCCCUGCACCGACAACUGCCAGGUGACCUUCGUCAACCUGAAGUGCGACUCGUCUAAGAAGCGCCGGCGAGGACGCAAAUCCCCCUCGAAGGAAGUGUCCCACAUCACAGCCGAGUUUGAGAUGGAGAUGAAGGAGGAGGAGGCCUCAGACACGUGCAACGUGGACUGCGUGCGGGAACGGGUUAAGCAGAAGCUGCAGAGCGCCAUGCGGACGCUCAGGAAGUCCAUCAACAAGCAGCAGUUCUACAUCCAGUUCUCCGGGACGGAGUACGAGGUGGCCCAGAAGCCGUCCCAGGUGCCGGAGGGAGCCAAGGCCUGCAGCACCGGACAAGACCUCCGAGACGGCAAGUGUGCGAGCUGUGUCUUAGGGACAUUCUACAGCGGGGCCCAGGAGCAGUGUGUCCAGUGCCCCCCCGGGACCUACCAGGACACGGUGGGCCAGCUGUCCUGUGAGCCGUGUCCCAGCACCGAAGGACAGGGCGUCGCCGGUGCCAGGAACGUGUCUCAGUGUGGAGGUCAGUGCUCAGAGGGUCACUUCUCCUCCGAUGGCUUCCGGCCGUGCCAGCUCUGUCAGCUGGGCUCCUACCAGCCGGAACCGGGCCGCAUCCUCUGCUUCCUCUGCGGCGGAGGUCUCAUGACCAAGUACGAAGGCUCUGUGUCCUUCAGGGACUGCGAGGUCAAAGUGCACUGCGCUCCUGGUCAUUACUACAACUCCACCACCCACCGCUGCAUCCGCUGCACAGGAGGAACCUACCAGUCGGACUUUGGCCAGAACUACUGCAUCACCUGCCCGGGGAACACCACCACGGACUUCGACGGAGCCACCAACGUCUCCCACUGCAAAAAUCAGAUGUGUGGAGGCGAGCUGGGAGAAUACAUGGGCUAUAUCGAGUCUCCCAACUACCCCGGAGACUACCCCUCCAACGUGGACUGUGUCUGGACCAUCAACCCGCCUCACAAGAGGAGGAUUCUCAUCGUGGUGCCAGAGAUCUUCCUCCCCAUCGAGGACGAGUGUGGAGACGUGCUCGUCAUGAGGAAGAGCGCCCUCCCCACCUCCAUCACCACCUAUGAGACGUGUCAGACCUACGAGCGGCCCAUCGCCUUCACCUCUCGCUCCCGCAAGCUCUGGAUCCAGUUCAAAUCUAACGAGGGCAACAGCGGCAAAGGCUUCCAAGUCCCCUACGUCACCUACGACGAGGACUACCAGCAGCUGAUAGAGGACAUCGUGCGGGACGGCAGGCUCUACGCCUCAGAGAACCACCAGGAGAUCCUGAAGGACAAGAAGCUGAUCAAGGCCCUGUUUGACGUGCUGGCCCACCCCCAGAACUACUUCAGGUACACGGCUCAGGAGUCCAAAGAGAUGUUCCCGCGCUCCUUCAUCAAGCUGCUGCGCUCCAAAGUCACCAGGUUCCUCAGGCCCUACAAAUAGACCCCGGUCAUCCUAAAUCUAGCUCCUCCCCCUUUCCUCUCCUCUGCUCCCCUGCUGGGUCGAUACCUUAAUGGACCGGUUCUGACUGAACGUCUUUAUUUCCUGUUCUGUCCCAUCCUCCAUCUGUUUGGAAUCUGAUAUCAGGAUCACUUCAUGCGGUUUGACUGAUAUGGGUUUUUGCAGUAUUCAUAUUUUUUAGAACAUAGCAUAAGAUACCUGAUAUAUACAUUGUGUGUAUAUAUUGUUUCUUUUAAUUUGACGUGUGUGUUUCAGUGAAGGUUUAAAUUGCUGGUGCAGGUUCUAAAAAAAAAAAGUAUAUAUAUAUAUAAAUAUAUAUAUAAAGCAUAAACAUUAAUCAUUAUUAUUAUUAUUAUUAUUAUGCAUUCCUUAAGUCAUUUACAAUAUGUUUUAUUGUAAAGUGAUAUUUAGUAAAUGGUCAAACCCUAUUAUCAUAAACUCCUCUGGCCUCCCAAAAGAUGUAUGCACCUUCAUCAAUAACUUCUCAUCUGUUCGUGCUCUGCUUGGUUUUCUGUGUUGUUGUUGUUGUUGUUGUUGUUUUUGUAAUAUUUAUACAGAACAUGUGAGAAGUGACAGAAGCCCACACAGCGUCAGACAUGAGAGGAAACUAUCGGUGCACUUAAGACAUAUUUUUAACACGGAGGGCGGGAGAUCAAAACGGGGCGAAUCAGAAAAGUCUAUAUUGUAAUUUUUUUAAAAUAAAAUUAAAAAAAAGAUAUACUGUAUAACAAGAUAAGAUAAACUACCUGCAAGUGACGUGGCGCGUUACUUUAGAGAGAAAUGUAUAUGUGAUGUAACUAAUAUUUGGAACUUUAAUUGCACUUGAAUUUUAUAUUUUAAACUUGUAGGGGGGAUUUAAAAAAAGAAAAGGUCUAAAUUACGUAUAUUUGUUACUUUUUGUAUUGUUUUUUAAAUGUGGAGAGAGAAAAUGACCCAACAUCUCAGUACUGUCGAGGUCCCAUCGCACACACAGUGAGGAACAUGGUUCCUGUGUGCGUUAGACUAAACAAUAGUGUUGGACCGGGUCACUCAGACCACCACACUAGUCCUACUCCACUAGUCCUGCUCCACUAGUCCUGCUCCAAUAGUCCAGCUCCACUCGUCUUGCUUUACUAGUCCUGCUUCACUAGUCCUGCUCCACUAGUCCUGCUUUACUAGUCCUGCUCCACCCAUCCAGCCUCCAGUCCUCUAGCUGCCAGAGAGAAGAAGCCUCAUCAGAAGAGCUUCUCGUAUGAUGGCACUACUUACAUACAUACACUAUAUGCCUGUUUAUAAAAUACUUACAAUAUCCUCAUCCACCGAGUCCCAUUAAACAGGAAGUAUAGUGUGUCUGCUAUGCUUUAAUUUGAUAACCCAACUAAAUGUUUCUGUGUCAUUCCCGGUGGUAUUAAUAUGUCUAUGAACUUAUAUGCCAUGUAUUGAAGAUGAAUGGAGUAACAUGUGACCGGUGUGGAGGUGAAUGUAGAGGCAGUGGGAGAUGAUGCUUCUAAACAGGAAGUGAGCGUGCUCCUCUGCUAAACAGGAAGUGAGUUUGCUCAUCUGGAGCUCAACGCCCACAGAUUCCACUUUAAAGGACCAGCUGGAGGUUUUGUGUGUUUAGCCCAUUUACUACACAUCUUGUAUCCUGCUACGUCUUAAACUUUGGAGUCAGCUGUUGAUUUCAGUUCAUAUUUCAGUACACUCUGAUAAUCAAUGUGCAAUAUCUGUUUGAUAUUUCGGGAAAUACAUUCACAUCAUCCAAAUCGACAUAAAUCUAUAACUCGUGUAAUCAUGAGCCAGGACGCACAAAGGAACGCACAAUGCCACGUGGUUAACUACUUAUCGGGAUAUUAAAAAGAUAACAUAACGUAAUGUUGUUAUCUUUUCAAUACACCCAAAAACUAUUCGAUCUCACACAACAGCGGUCUCCUGGGUGAAAGUCCUGUGUGUGUUUGACCCGUCCUUCACUGCCUUCAUCUCCAAGUCAACCUCCUCACUCUUAAGAACGCGUUAUUAUGCUAAUAACUACUAAGUUACUUUCAAUAACGCUCUGCACAAAUGCAAAAACACACUCAUAAAAGUUUUUAAACAAUCAAACGUAUGAUGCGUUAUGUGUUAUUAUUAUUAUAACGUGUGCAUGGAGUCCAUCAGAUUCUCAACACCUGUUUCCGUGUGAAUAAUAUUUUAACAUUUAAUUUCAUAGUGCACCGAAAUAAAACCAAUAAAAUAGGAAUAUAGUUAAGUAUAUGUACUGAAUGGGCUGAAGGAGGCGAAACCACACGUGUGGUCCUGCACGCCAAUGAACCGGUUGUGUCCAAAAUAAGAUAUUAAAUCACAACAUAUAUGGUCAAUGAGCUUUGACCCCAAAGGUCAGUGAGGUCACAGGAUAAAAGCAUACCGUCGUCAUGAGACGGCCUACUUUCUGUUUGAGGUGGUUCAAUAUGAGUGUUAUGAAAAAGAUGAAAUGCUCUAAAAUUUAUAAUUGACUGUGUUUUUUUCUUCUUCUUCCUGAGAAUGUAUUCUAGUGUGUGUGUGUGUGUGUGUUUAGGUGUGUGAGAGAGAGAGUGUUUAGGUGUGUGUGUGAGAGAGAGAGAGAAAUUCUGAGAGUGUGUGUGUAUGCGUGUGUGAGAUUCUGAGAAUGUGUGUGUGUGAGUGUGUGUGUGUGAGAGAGAGAUUCUGGUGUGUGUGUGAGUGAGAUAGAGAUUCUAAAGAAUAUAUGUGUGUGUGUGUGUGUGUGUGUUUGUGUGUGUACGAGAGAGAUUCUGAGAAUGUGUGUGAGAGAGAUUCUGAGAAUGUAUGUGUGUGUGUCUGUGUGUCAGUGUGUGUAUGUGAGAGAGAGAGAUUCUAAAAAAGUGUGUGUGUGUAUGUACUUUAGUCCAUGUGUAGACGGUAAUGUUAGUGUGUGUGUCGUUGUCCCCAAAGAGAGGAACUGUAACUCAGUGUUGUGUCAUCGUUGGUCCAAGAAGCUCCAGAACUGAACAAAUUAAAAUAAAACAGUAGCAGAAAACAGA